UUCUCCUGAGGUUCUCCUGAGGUUCCCCCAAGGUUCUCCCGAGGUUCCCCCGAGGUUUCUGAGGUUCCCCCGAGGUUUCUGAGGUUCUCCUGAGGUUCCCCCGAGGUUUCUGAGGUUCUCCCGAGGUUCCCCCAAGGUUCUCCCGAGGUUCCCCCAAGGUUCUCCCGAGGUUCCCCCGAGGUUUCUGAGGUUCCCCCGAGGUUUCUGAGGUUCUCCUGAGGUUCCCCCAAGGUUGCUGAGGUUCUUCUGAGGUUCCCCCAAGGUUCUCCCGAGGUUCCCCCGAGGUUUCUGAGGUUCCCCCAAGGUUUCUGAGGUUCUCCUGAGGUUCCCCCAAGGUUCUCCCAAGGUUCCCCCAAGGUUCUCCCGAGGUUCUCCCGAGGUUCUCCUGAGGUUCUCCUGAGGUUCCCCCAAGGUUGCUGAGGUUCUCCUGAGGUUCCCCCAAGGUUCUCCCGAGGUUCCCCCGAGGUUUCUGAGGUUCCCCCAAGGUUUCUGAGGUUCUCCUGAGGUUCCCCCAAGGUUCCCCCAAGGUUCCCCCGAGGUUUCUGAGGUUCCCCCAAGGUUGCUGAGGUUCUCCUGAGGUUCCCCCAAGGUUGCUGAGGUUCUCCCGAGGUUCCCCCAAGGUUCUCCCGAGGUUCCCCCAAGGUUCCCCAAGGUUCCCCCGAGGUUUCUGAAGUUCUCCUGAGGUUCCUGAGGUUCUCCCAAGGUUCCCCCGAGGUUCCUGAGGUCCCCCCGGGGCUGUCCCGUGCCCCUCCCGCAGCUCGGCUCCCAUGCCCGGCCCGCGAUGGAGCUCGGAGGGGACGCGGUGCCCUGCGGGAAGGACAAAUUCAUCUCCAGGAAUGAGCUGCUCCUGCACCUGAAGACCUACAACAUCUACUACGAGGGGCAGAACCUGCAGCUGCGGCACCGGGAGGAGGAGGGGGAGCUGAUCGUGGAGGGGCUGCUGAACAUCUCCUGGGGGCUGCGCCGCCCCAUCCGCCUGCAGAUGCAGGACGACAACCAACGCAUCCGCCCGCCGCCCUCCUCCUCCUCCUGGCACUCGGGCUGCAACCUGGGCGCCCACGGGUCCGUGCUGAAGCCCAGCACGCUGCCGGACAUCCCGCUGGCGGAUGGAGACAGCGCUCCCGGCACGGAGAACCCCGGGAACGGCGCAGCCCCCAGGCCGGCGGAGGAGGCUCCACAGCUGAUGAGAACCCGCAGCGACGUCGGCGUCCGGCCCCGCGGCAGCGCCCGCACGCCCGGGGAGAUCCUGCUGGGAUCUGGGGGAUCCGUGGGAUCCUGCCGGGAUCCGCGGGAAUCAGUGGUAUCCUGCUGGGAUCGUCAGGAAUCCGUGGGAUCUUGCCAGGAUCCGUGGGAUCCUGCUGGGAUCCGCGGGAAUCCAGUGGGAUCCUGCCGGGAUCCGUGGGGAUCCAUGAGUUCCUGCCGGGAUCCUCGGGGAUCCGUGGGAUCUUGCUGGGAUCUGUGGGAUCCUGCCGGGAUCCGUGGGAAUCAGUGGGAUCCUGCUGGGAUCAGCGGGAAUCCAUGGGAUCUUGCUGGGGUCCAUGGGAUCCUGCUGGAUCCACGGGAAUCCACUGGGAUCCUGCCGGGAUCGGCAGGAAUCAGUGGGAUCCUGCCGGGAUCUGCUGGGAUCCGUGGGAAUCCAUGGGAUCUUGCUGGGAUCUGUGGGAUCCUGCUGGGAUCCACGGGAAUCCAGUGGGAUCCUGCCGGGAUCCGUGGGAUCCUGCCGGGAUCUGUGGGAUCCUGCCGGGCUCUCAGCGCUGAUCCUGCCCCCCAGACCUCGGUGUUCACUCCCGCCUACGGCUCCGUCACCAACGUGCGCAUCAACAGCACCAUGACCACGCCGCAGGUGCUCAAACUGCUCCUCAACAAGUUCAAGAUCGAGAACUCUGCAGAGGAGUUUGCUCUGUACAUGGUGCACACGAGUGGAGAGAAGCAGAAGCUGCGCGGCAGCGAUUUCCCCCUGCUCGCCCGCAUCCUGCAGGGCCCCUGCGAGCAGGUGUCCAAGGUGUUCCUCAUGGAGAAGGACCAGGUGGAAGAGGUCACCUACGACGUCGCCCAGUACAUCAAAUUUGAGAUGCCCAUCCUCAGGAGCUUCAUCCAGAAGCUGGAGGAGGAGGAGGAUCGGGAGGUGAUGAAGCUGAAGCACAAGUAUUCCAUCCUGCGGCUGAUGAUCGAGCAGAGGCUGGAGGAGAUUUCCGAGGGCCCCACGGCGAUGUGAGCGUCCGUGGGAUGCUCGGCACCGAAUCCCAACCCCAAAAUCUGCCGGGGAAUCACCGAAUUCCAACCCCAAAAUCUCCUGAAUCCCAACCCCAAAAUCU